UAGCCCGCGCUCGUCACUUAUUCUACCGCCUGUUUUUCUUCUCUUUGAUUCUGCAAUAUUAAGUUAAAAAGCUAGGGCUUUUUCAGCAAUGAAACACGCAAUUGAAUAAGUAAACGGAACAAUGAAGCGAGAAUUCGUCGAAAUCUCGGACGACGAAUGGGAAAAUCAUUCCUUCAAGCCGUCUCGAGUACUCAAGAUAAAAACUCAGACAACAAAACCUCCUCCUUCAAUCGAAUCGUUCGCUUUUAAAGCCGAAAAUCACCACAAAAAAUUAGACGAAAAUCUUGAGGAUGAAGAUGUAGAGGAGGAGGGACCCGUGCCCGUCACAAUCAAUCGUGGCCGUCGAUUCAUUGUUGACGACGACGAUGAGGAUCAGCAGAGCGAAGGAGAUUUUGCUGAACUUUAUGAAGUAAAGUCUUCUACUGAAGAGGAUGAAAUGUUAGAAGAUUAUGAACAUGAGGAGGAUGAUGUGGUUGGGAAAGCUUUGCAAAAAUGUGCUAAAAUAUCGGCGGAGCUUAAAAGAGAGUUAUAUGGUACUUCUAGUACCGCUUGUGAUCGCUACGCGGAAGUUGAAGCUUCCUCGGUUAGGAUUGUGACUCAGAAUGAUAUUGAUGAAGCAUGUGGGGAUGAGGAUGAGGAUGAGGAUUUUCAGCCUGUUCUCAAGCCCUAUCAGCUGGUUGGUGUCAAUUUUCUUCUCUUGUUGUAUCGAAAGGGCAUUGGGGGAGCCAUAUUGGCAGAUGAGAUGGGUCUUGGGAAGACCAUUCAGGCUGUGACAUAUUUGAUGCUUCUAAAGCACUUGAAUAAUGACCCUGGACCCCACUUAAUUGUAUGUCCUGCCUCUGUUUUGGAAAAUUGGGAGAGAGAACUUAAGAAGUGGUGUCCAUCAUUUUCUAUACUCCAAUAUCAUGGGGCUGCACGAACAGCCUAUUCAAAAGAGUUGAGCUCUUUGGCCAAAGCUGGAUUGCCUCCUCCGUUUAAUGUGCUUCUUGUCUGCUAUUCACUUUUUGAACGUCACAGUGUGCAGCAGAAAGAUGACCGUAAAAUUCUGAAAUCUUGGCAUUGGAGCUGUGUGCUGAUGGAUGAGGCUCAUGCUUUGAAGGAUAAAAACAGCUAUAGGUGGAAGAACCUAAUGUCAGUUGCUCGAAAUGCAAACCAGCGGCUAAUGCUUACAGGGACUCCACUACAAAAUGAUUUAAAUGAGCUCUGGUCAUUAUUGGAAUUCAUGAUGCCUGAUCUUUUUGCUACUGAGGAUGUAGAUUUGAAGAAACUACUAAACGCAGAAGAUAGAAACUUAAUAGGUAGAAUGAAGUCCAUUUUAGGACCAUUCAUCUUGAGACGUUUAAAAUCUGAUGUAAUGCAACAACUUGUCCCAAAAAUACAGAAGGUUGAGUAUGUUAUAAUGGAAAAACAGCAGGAUAAUGCCUAUAGAGAAGCCAUAGAGGAGUAUCGGGCUGCAUCACGAGCUCGUAUUGCUAAGCUUUCUAAGGCUAAUUUGAGUAAUAUUGUUGGAGUUCUUCCUCAACGUCAGAUUUCCAACUAUUUUGUUCAGUUCCGUAAGAUUGCAAAUCAUCCUUUAUUAGUGAGGCGAAUCUACUCAGAUGACGAUGUUGUUCGAUUUGCUAAAAAGUUACGUCCUAUGGGGGCAUUUGGAUUUGAAUGUACCUUGGACCGAGUAAUACAGGAGCUUAAGAGCUACAAUGAUUUUUCCAUACACCAGCUUUUAUGCUCUUAUGGCGGUGCUGAUACCAAGGGAAUUCUUUCAGACAAACAUGUUAUGCUUUCAGCAAAAUGUCGGGCAUUAGCUGAACUUCUUCCCUCUCUAAAGAAAGGUGGCCAUCGGGUUUUGAUUUUUAGCCAGUGGACGUCAAUGCUUGAUAUCUUAGAGUGGACUUUGGAUGUGAUUGGAGUUACUUAUAGACGACUUGAUGGAAGUACUCAGGUGUCAGAGCGGCAGGCUAUAGUUGAUUCUUUCAAUAGUGAUACUUCCAUCUUUGCUUGUUUGCUUUCCACAAGAGCUGGUGGCCAAGGCUUAAACUUGACUGGUGCUGAUACUGUUGUCAUCCAUGACAUGGAUUUCAAUCCACAAAUUGAUCGACAGGCAGAAGAUCGUUGUCAUCGUAUUGGCCAAACAAAGCCUGUCACCAUAUAUAGGCUGGUAACCAAGGGGACAGUUGAUGAGAAUGUUUAUGAGAUAGCAAAAAGGAAGCUAAUUUUGGAUGCCGCUGUUCUUGAGUCUGGUGCCGAGGUAGCUAAUGAAGGUGACACAUCUGAUAUGACUAUGGGAGAGAUACUGGCGUCUAUUCUGAUGGGUUAGAAAGCUGAUAGCUGCUGACAGAGUCUGCAACCAGAAAAUCAUUUUAUUUUUUGUAUUUGCAUUCGAUUUGUAACUUCUAUUGUUGUCUUAGUUAGAGUUAUUUGAGAAAGGAAAUCAUUCCAAGUUUUGAUAGCGCAUAUUAUACUGCUGUAAAUCAAUCCCUGAGAUACAUGUACCUGAUAAAACUCAAUGAAGUAUUUUAUUACAAGUGUUUGAUA